ACGAAGGACCCCUGCGCCGCCUUAUGAUUGGCUGUGCGGCGGUUUUCGUUCCUUUUCUCGCUCGCUGGCAGGGAGACAGCCGCUAAGAUGAAUGACACAGUGACCAUCAGAACCAGGAAGUUCAUGACAAACAGACUGCUUCAGCGCAAGCAGAUGGUGAUUGAUGUUCUUCACCCUGGAAAGGCCACAGUCCCCAAAACAGAAAUCAGGGAAAAGCUGGCAAAAAUGUAUAAGACAACCCCUGAUGUAAUUUUCGUCUUUGGCUUCAGAACUCAUUUUGGUGGUGGCAAGACAACAGGUUUUGGCAUGAUCUAUGAUUCCCUCGACUAUGCAAAGAAAAAUGAACCAAAACACAGGCUUGCCAGGCAUGGCUUGUAUGAAAAGAAGAAGACUUCCAGGAAGCAGCGAAAGGAGCGUAAGAAUAGAAUGAAGAAGGUCAGGGGCACAGCCAAGGCAAAUGUUGGUGCUGGCAAGAAGAAGGUAAUCUGUGUGGUGUUGUACAGCUUCUUACCAGCUCAGUAGCUUAGUCUUGCUCCUCACUGCUGCAAGCUUAGCUGAUACAAUGUGAAGCAAUGCUUCUUAAAUGAUUGUUUCCUAUGUGUCACUUGAACUAAAGUUAAAAUUUUUCGUAAAUCUAACAGUAUUGCUCUAAUCUCGUAACUCAGCCUUGCAAUAUACAAAUCAGAUAAUUAACCCUUGUUACUCAACUACCUAAAUAUUUAAUGCUUACUCCACCAAAUUACUGUUGUUUAUGCUGUUAUUUAUAGAGGAUAUUUUGUUAAGGAUGUGUGGUGGUGUAGGCAGUGAGGACAGUGUGUAAAUAGAAAUAAGGUAGAAUGCCUGCUUUAUCCUGGGUUUAAGUGACUGAUUCCCAAGAUAGCGUGUGUGUGUGGUUUUUUUCCCUGGUGGGAGCUUCUUAUUUUGUGGCUGGAACUUGAUACAAGCUUGUAAGGUGUGUAGUUUGGGGGGAGGCAGUGUUCCCCUAUCUUUAAACAAAAAAAACACACAAAACUGGGGGAUAGCCUGGGUGUGAAGACAGUCAUCCUCUUUAGCAGCUUUUUGUCCUCUGAAAAAUCCUAAGCAAGCUGUGCAGUUAAGUGCGUUUUUUCAGAUAUUUUCACAAGGUGAUGGGCUCUGAUGCUUAAGUUUGUACCUACUAAAGUGCUUUGACGUCUCAAACUUUAGUAAUCUUCAC